UCUCAUGGUUUAGUAAAAAUCAAUAUCAAAUAUGGAAAUCAAAUUUUACAAUUCUAUAUAAACCCUGAACCGUUCUCAGAGAUUAUUUUAUUUUUGAUACGAAACUAAAGCUUCUUUUUUUCUCUGUGUAAACAACAAUGGAUUCUUCAAUGUCGACGAAGAAGAAAACCAAACUGUCUCUGAGAAACCAAACUCGUUUCAAGAAAUCAUCUCUGUCUUCUUCUACUGCAAAAAAGACCACGAAUUUGUCUAUGAGAGAAGACACAAUGUUUAAGAAAGCCUUCGAGCUUUCAACUCUGUGCGACAUUGAAGUCUGUGUCAUAUAUUACGGUCGUGACGGAGAACUCAUCAAGACAUGGCCUGAAGAUAAAUCUAAGAUCCUCGACGACGAUAAGCUCUCGGAGAAAGUUUUAGAGAUGAAGGAUUCGUUAGAAAGUGGUCUACGGGUAUUACAAGAUAAGCUUCUGUUACUCCAACCCGAAAACCAGACCGAGUUAGGUCAGAGCCGUGUGGUUUCUUCCACAACGAAUCCAUUGUCUUCUCCUGAGGAUCAUCAUCAACAACAAUGGACAGAAUCACUGGUGAAUGGUGUGUCAAACACAGAGCAAGACCUAUCGAUGUCAUCAUUGAGUCAACAUCAGAGCAAAUUUUCAAUCUUUCUCUAUAACCAUGACAAUGGUAGCUUCUGUCAACUCCCUGACUCUGUUUCUAGCUUUGACCAAUCGGCUUUACUUGGGGCACAAGGAUCAGAUCUAAGAAGUAACUUUGAUCAUCUUCCUAUGGUGUUUCCUCCUCAGAUGCAGACACAAACCCCACUUGUCCACUUUGAUCAGUUUGCGCCAUGGAAUCAAGCACCAUCUUUUACAGAUCCAAUGAUGUUCUCUUAUAAUUAGGUCUUGUUGUUCCAAGAUCUGAUUCUUUGACUUGGUCCACGUUUUAUUAUGUUCUAAUAUGUAUUCUCACUUUAGAUUAUGUGUUUAACUGUUUCUUCUCGUACCUGAUUAAGAGUUUGUAAGAAAUCCAUUGAAUUGUAUGCAUGUUUUCCUAAGUAUGAAUGCUAUUCUUUUCAAGUUUCUAAAAACAGUCUUGGCUUCUUCUAUUUUUGUCUGAGUCUUAUCUUUGAGUUUUAAAACCUGCUAUAGUCAUAGUUUUAAUAUACUAUAGACAUUGAAUGUUAGAUGUCCAUUCCAUAAUAUAUGCAGAUAAGCCAACUAAUUUAGUAAUUGAGGAUUAAAUGGAGGAAAGCUUUCCAAAAGAGAAGCAAUUAUGCGAUGAAUUCGAAAACUGUAGUGCAAGAAAAGAGGAUAGGGACAAGCAAGUUACCUGGCACUUUGAUAUGUCAGAUGCUCUUGUUGCAGUUUCCGACGAAAGAUGUUGUUAAAUCUAGUGUUUUGUCCAAGUGGUGUAAGACCUCUGGUUUUUUUAUUCCCUGGUUAGAUCUAUUCGCCAAUGAAUUCACAGAUUGCAAUGCCUUAGUGAGUUUUGUUGAUAGGUUUUUAGAUUCCUCUAAGGAUUUAUGCUUGUGAAAGUUCAAGUAAAGUAUCCGGAGGAAUGAGGAUGGCCAGUCUUGUGGCACGCGGUGGAUAGAUUCUGUGGUUAAGCGUUAACUUAAGCACCUUGAUGCUAAGUGUCAUGUGAAACAUUAGUUUUUAGAGGUGAUUAAUUCCCCUAAGUCUUUAUAUAUGUUAGACAUUGGUGUACUUAAGACUCCAUCAGGUUUUGAUGCGUGAUUUCGAGUCAGUUUCUUUACCUUGUCUCAGGUUCAUGCGUUUAGAAAAUAAUAUAUAUGGCAGUGGUGAAGCUAUACAGUUGCUUAUCUCGUCUUGCCCGGUUCUUGAAGAUUUGAUGAGCAUUGCAAGAAGUCUCAAUGAUAAUGUUAAGGUUUUAGGAGUGCAAUUCUCAGUCAUUAACCAGUCUCAAUGUUGAGUUUUAUGAAAUGGAAGCUGGUGCUCUUGUUUUUGAUUAUGAAGGCACAGAGUUUUUGAUUGAUGCCCCUAUACUCAAGUACCUGAAUUUUAAAGAUGAUCUAACAGAGAGAGUAAAAUCAUAAGCAAUACAAGUUCUUUAACCAAAGGUGUAUGUAGUGGUACUUUAAUCUGGUAUUUUUUUUAUAUAUCGUUGGCUUACUGCAGUCUGCAGAGG